UCCUAAAUUAUCUAUUUUUAGUUGCAUUCACUCUAUUAAACAAUGAUUCUAGGAAGUACUAGGAAAUACUAUAAAAUCAUCCAAUUAAGAUGUAAAUAGGAAAUUUUAGAGUAGCGUUGAGUUGACCAAUUAGGAUAAAGAAAUCUUUGCUCACACUUUAUCCUGAGAUUGGUCAGUUAAAUUUUACCCCAUGGACAAGAUUUUCGAACACGCUUGAAAAUGUAUUCGUGAUGCAAUUCGUACGCGAUUCUUCAAUUACCUUGCGCAGGAUCGGAAAAUGACUGAAAAGUAGCGCACCAAAUCAGUGAUGCCAGUUUCGAGACGCUGUCCCUACCACUACAUGUACAGGAGAUAGGAAGCAGAAGAAAGUGGAUCCUGCAAAAAAAAAUUUAUAAAAAAAGAGAAGAAUGGCUUAUAGCCAAAUAUUGCGUUGUGAUCUCCAGGCUCUUCUGGAUAAAUACAAAGAGAUACGCGAUAAAUAUGCCGCGCUGCACGUUUUCAGCGAGAUGCAACAAAAUUCCUUAGAAUGUGAGCGCAAAAAAUUGGAAAUGUUGAAGAACAAACAGAAAGAUAUGCUUCGUUGGUUAAUGAAACGCGAGGAAAAAUACAAGAUAUCUUUGGAUAUCUUGGAGAAGGAAAACGAACAAUUGCGCUGCACCCUAGCCACUGCACAACAAGAAUACGAACGUAAUGAACUUUUAAGCAAUAACAAAGUCUCUAAAUUGCAGAGCGAAAUCGAUUUUUUGCAUUUGCAAAUAGUACAACUUGAGGAUAAGCACAAGCAACAAUUACUGUCGCAAGACAAACAUCACAAGGAUGAGAUUUUGAAAUACAAACGUCUUUUGGAUAGCACGGAGGGGAAAUUGCUUCUGAAAGAAGCAAGGUUUGCAAAGCAAAAUGUAGUCUCCAAGAAUGUUCAACAAACGAAAAAUACAAAACAUCCUGCUUUUAUAAAUGAUGAAAGAAUGGAAAAAAAGAAAAAUCAACCUAGCAAAGUGCCUGCUUUGGAGAUUGUUAAUGUCAUCCGGAAAAGAAGAAAAUUAUUUCAAAAAGACGAUGAAACUGUGAUUGAUAUUAUUUAA